AUGUAUGCCCUCACCGUGGCGCCGCUCCCUCACCUCUCUCACACGGCCGACUCUGUGAACAUAAAGAUCCUGAACGCUGGGGCGUGGUCGCGCAGCAGUGAGAAGGUGUUUGUGUCGCUGCCCACGGAGUUGGAGGACCUCAUCCCGGAGGUGGAGGACUUCUACAAGAAGAACCACAGCGGGAGGAAGCUGCACUGGCAUCACCUCAUGUCCAACGGCAUCGACCUCAAGUGGGAGCCGACCAUCAGCUCCCUCAUCAAGAAGGCCCAGCAGAGGAUGUACUUCCUGCGGCAGCUCAGGAAAGCCAAGCUGCAGUUCUACACGGCCAUCAUCGAGUCCAUCCUCAUCUCCUCCAUCACCUCCUCCAUCACCUCCUCCAUCACCUCCUCCAUCACCGUGUGGUUCGCUGGAGCCACUGUCUGGGACAAGCAGAGACUACAGUGUAUUGUGCGCUCUGCGGAGAAGGCCGGACUGGUCGUAUCACUGCUGACCCCUCUCACCCCUCACAUGAACUGUUCCAACCUCUCCCUUCGGGCAGGAGAAUACUGUCCAUCAUAA